GUAAAAUUGUAGGUGUAAGUAUAAAAGGAGACUUCAUCUUCCAUCAUCCGCUUUCAUCACGUGGCCCCACUCACUCGAUUUUCUGCGUCUGUAAGAAUCCCUCACUCACAAUAGCCCCCCUCCAUCAACCAAAUCCGUCAAAGUGAAGCCAUCACCACCAAGCCUAAGCCGCACUAGCUAGCCCCUGAUCAGGACAGACGGCCAACGAACGAAAAACAAUCCCAAUCAAAAUACAACGCCAAAAUGCUGCCCACCCCCUCCACCUCCCACGUUCCCUACGCCCGCGUCUACGAGCCAGCCGAGGACUCCUUCCUCCUCCUCGACACGCUCUCCUCCGCCUCCGAAACCGCCUUUCUCGCCACCCGCUUUCCCGCCACCAUCCCCCCUUCAACCUCUUCCCCCCCUACCACCACCCCCCCCUUAAACCCACCCCCGACAAGCUCACCAACCCCGCUAAUCCUCGAAAUCGGUCCCGGCUCCGGCGUCGUGCUGGCCUUCGUCACCGCCCACGCCCACGCCCUCUUCGCGCGCCGCGACGUCCUCACGCUAGGCAUCGACGUCAACCGCUUUGCGUGCGCCGCCGCGCGCGAGACGGUCGUGCGUGCUGUGCGGGACGAUGCGCUGCCGCUGUCGUCGCCGGUAGUAGGAGUGGGAGUGGGAGCGGCGGGGGAGGGUGGGGUUGGGGAUGGGAGUGGGAGUGGGAGUGGGAGUGGGAGUGGGAGUGGGAGUGGGAGUGGGAGUGGGAGUGGGAGUGGGAGUGGGAACGGGACUGGGAACGGGACUGGGAACGGGACUGGAGCGGGCUACCACCUGGGCACGGCGCAGGGGGAUCUCGCCGGGGCGGUGCGGGCGGGCAGCGUGGAUGUGUUGGUGUUCAACCCGCCGUAUGUGCCGACGCCGGAGCUGCCGUCGAUGUAUCAAGGGGGAGGCGACGGAGGAGGGCAGGCGGCAUACGAGGAGGAUUCGCGGCUGCUGGCGCUGUCGUACGCCGGCGGUCGGGACGGCAUGGAGAUCACGGACCGGCUGAUCGAGGCGCUGCCGGGGGUGCUGUCGGGCCGGGGGGUUGCGUAUCUGCUGCUGUGCGCGCAGAAUAAGCCCGAGGAGGUUAAGGAGCGGAUUAGGGGGUUGGAGGGCGGGGCGUGGAAGGCGGAGACUGUUGGGACGAGCGGGAAGCAGGCGGGGUGGGAGAAGCUGCAGAUUGUGAGGAUAUGGCGGGAGUAG